UGUUCGGUGUACUGCAGCGCUCGCUGUUGACUAGCGUGAGUUUGUUGUUGCGACUAGUGUUCAAUUAUUAUCGUCAUUAUUAUUGCCGCUAAUUUUUAUCAAUUUGAAAUUAAAAUGACAAGAAACUUUAUUACAUUCAAAAAAUCAUUAUAAACUCACCAUGCGGUCGCUACGGUUACUCCGGUGCCGGCCCUUCUCAACCCGAUUCCUGAUCCUUUCGUUUCUGGCGCUGGCCUUCGGUAUUUACUGCUAUUACUACACUGUUACACCGGCUUCUUACCCGAAACCAAGUAACAACAAUAUAAACAGCGACAACUCCGUCUCACUGAAACACGUCCGAGAACCGCAGUCUGUAAAAUUGGAGCAAUGUCCAGUGGUGCGUUCGAGUCAGGCAGAAAUUGAUACGGUCUCCAUUUUUCCGACGUUUGACUUUCAGCCGAACUGGCUCCGCACAAAAGAAUUUUGGGAUCGAACCUUUGAGGAGCGGUAUGAGAAGAUCAAAAACGAUAGUCGGCGUCCGAGAUUAAAGGUAUUUGUUGUGCCUCACUCGCACAAUGAUCCCGGUUGGCUGAAUACGUUCGAGCAAUACUUCGAAACAAAGACGAAAAACAUACUCAAUAAUAUCGUCACGAAACUAAAUCAGUAUCCCAACAUGACGUUUAUAUGGACUGAGAUAUCUUUUUUGAAUGCGUGGUGGGAACGCUCCCAUCCCGUCAAACAAAAGGCCUUCAAAAAAUUGGUGAAAGAGGGUAGAGUCGAAAUCACAACGGGUGGCUGGGUAAUGCCUGACGAAGCGUGCACUCAUAUAUACUCAUUAAUUGAUCAGUUCAUUGAAGGUCACGUUUGGGUCAAAGCCAACCUUGGUGUAACUCCAAAAGUAGGUUGGUCGAUAGACCCAUUCGGCCACGGAGCUACGGUGCCGUACCUGCUAGACAAAAGCGGCCUAGAAGGUGCUAUCAUACAAAGGAUACAUUACGCUUGGAAACAAUGGUUCGCGCAAAAACAAAUAGAAGAAUUUUAUUGGAUGCCCGGCUUCUCCUCUAAUAAACCAUCCCUAGUUAUUCACAACCAACCCUUUGAUAUUUAUUCUAUUAAGAGCACGUGUGGCCCUCAUCCUGCUAUUUGCCUAAGUUUUGAUUUUAGGAAAAUCCCCGGCGAAUACUCGGAGUACACGGCGAAACAUGAGGACAUCACGGAACAAAACUUACACAGUAAGUCAAAAACGCUCAUGGAAGAGUACGACCGCAUCGGCUCACUCACCACACAUAACGUUGUGCUCGUGCCUUUAGGCGACGACUUUAGAUACGACUAUGGCAUUGAAUUCGACGCUCAGUACGUCAAUUAUAUGAAAAUGUUUAAUUACAUCAACAAACACAAGGAGAUAUUUGACGCCGAUGUUUCCUUCGGUACACCUGUUGAUUACUUCAAUGCUGUUAAGGAGAGACACGGCAGCAUUCCCACACUACGCGGAGAUUUCUUCGUCUACUCGGAUAUUUUCAGUGAAGGGAAACCGGCUUAUUGGUCUGGUUAUUAUACUACGAGACCUUAUAUAAAGAUUGUUGCGAGGCAGUUCGAACACCACCUCCGGGCGGCGGAGAUACUAUUUACUCUCGUAUCGAAUUUCCUUAGGCAAUCUAACAAGCACAUGUUCGAAUCAUCGGAGCGAAAACUGGAAAAAUAUUACGAACAGUUGAUCACAGCUCGACGAAAUUUAGGCCUUUUCCAACAUCAUGAUGCCAUCACUGGAACUUCCAAAGCUAGCGUCAUGUAUGACUACGGAACGAAACUCUUCACGAGUAUUUACCACUGCAUUCGCUUGCAAGAAGCCGCCCUCACCACCCUGAUGAUACCCGAUAGUAAACUUCACACACAGAGCAUUCUUCAGAGUGAACUGGAAUGGGAAACAUACGGAAAACAACCUAGAAAAAUGCUAGUGACGGUCGUCGAUAAAAAGAAAGUCAUUCUUUUUAAUCCUCUGGCAGAGCAAAGGACUGAAGUCAUAACGCUUAGAUCAAAUACUACUAACGUCCGAGUGUACGAUACGCAUAACGAAAAAUAUGUGCAAUACCAAAUAACGCCCAAUAUUGAUAUCCGUGAUAACGGGAAAUUUGCAAUAAGCGACAUUAACUUUGAUGUAAUGUUCGUGGCCACCCUGGAAGGAUUUAGCGUAAUGACUUACAAUCUCGAAGAAUACACGAACCAUUCCCAGCACUGCGUAGUAUUUUGUAACAAUUGCACUGAACAAAAAUCUGACCCUGACAGAGCUAAUAAUUUUGUUAUUAAAAAAAUGAUGCCAGGAAAUAUACAGUUGGAGAACGAGGUUAUGAAAUUACUCGUCGACCGUAACACUGGCUUUUUAAGACAAGUUUACAGAAAAGAUAUUCGCAAGAAAAAUAUCGUGGAUAUUCAAUUUGGUGCAUAUCAAAGCGCUCAGAGGCAUUCUGGGGCUUAUUUGUUUAUGCCGGAUUAUGAUCCACCCGAGAAAGAUGUAUUAGGUCAAUAUACGAAACCGAAUAACAUGCAAGAUGAAAAUGUCAUUAUUGUUUCGGGGCCAAUAUCUACUGAGAUCACCACCAUGUAUUUGCCUUUCCUAGUACAUACGCUUAGAAUUUAUAACGUGGAUGAUCAUGCACUUUCACAUGGUAUUUACAUGGAGACAAUAGUCGAUUACGAGAGCCCUCCCAAAAAUAGGGACACAGAAUUAUAUAUGCGAAUACAAACGAAUUUACAGAACGGGGAGGUUCCAGAAUUUUACACUGAUCAAAACGGUUUUCAAUAUCAACGGAGAGUGAAAGUGGAUAAAUUGGGCAUCGAAGCGAACUAUUAUCCGAUUACAACUAUGGCUUGGAUACAGGACGAUGAAACAAGAAUGACUUUGAUUACAAAUCACGCUCAAGGAGCGGCUGCCUUUGAGCCUGGUCGACUCGAAGUAAUGAUGGACCGUAGGACCCUUUACGACGAUUUCAGAGGCAUAGGUGAAGGUGUCGUUGACAAUAAGCCAACCGUGUUCACUAAUUGGUUGCUAUUGGAACCCAUAAAUACUAAGAGAGCUAAAAGAGAUACACAUCGGCAAGGUACCGGACCGUUCCAAAAACGGAGAUUUAAUACAGAACAAAAGGCGCCCGUUUACGAGUUGCCUUCGCAGACUGCUGACUAUUUGAGCAGAACACUCAACUAUCCCGUGAAUGCUUAUGUGGUCGAUACGAGUGAGGUCGGUGAAAUUGAAGUGAAGGAACAUCAAUCGUUUUUGACAAAUUUCCCGAGCGGAAUACACGUUGUAUCAAUGCGUACUAUCACUGACGAAGUGUUGGAGCAGUUUCCGAGCAAUUCCUGCUUUAUGGUACUGCAUAGACCUGGAUUUAGUUGCGAUGUUGGGAAUACUUCGCCUCAGACCAAUUCCCGAUUUACGACUGAAACUAAAUUUAAUGGACUCAUUGUUAACAACCUGGUUUCGGUCAGUCUGACCGGCCUUAAGACUUAUAAGAAUCUUAGUAGUUUAGCUAAUAUCACUUUGGAGCCAAUGGAAGUUAAGACGUAUCGAGUUCGGUUUUAAAGACUAACUUGAAAUAUAAAUAAUACAAUUAUUAUAAAGUUUUGGUGACCUCUUUUUGUCAUCAAAGACUAACAUAUAGAAAGACUUAUAAAUCUACGCAUUAGUAUAAGACCAGCUACAGAUCUGACAGCAUCGGACGAAUACCGAAAUUGGAGUGAACUGUACGACGAACCUAGAAAAUUAUUAGGUAGAACUGUCGAUUAUUAUCGAUAUCUUGGAAUUAAAUGUUUAAUAAUUUCAAAUUGUAUUGUUUGAAUGUAAAAUGUAAAUGUUUGAUAGGACAUUAAAUGAAAAGAUGAAAUUCGCCUUAGCUUUGCAAGAUGACAUAAUUUAUUAAAUUUAUUAUGACACGUUUAUUUUACAUUUGUUUUGAUAAGCUAAGAUUUUCAGUACCUAUCACUAUUAAUUCAUAAUAAAACAAGUCUCGAUUUAGAAGAAUCUACCUCAGGACCAAAUAAUGUAACUUUAUAAAGGAUUCGAAAUCUUUUAAAUAAUUUAUUUAUAGUCAUAAUUUCAAUCUUUCCCUGUUUUGAAAUCAAUUACAUGCCGUCGUUUGGCGCAGUGUGUUACUAUUGCUAUAAUGAAAAUUGAACAUUUUUGACAUAUUUAUUGUAGUUGAGAUAGUAAUAAUAUUAAGUAACUGUAACGUAUUUAAAGAUAGGUAGGGUACUCUGGAUCUCGUAUACAAACUUAUUUCAGUUGUGAUAUUAUAUUCAAAUGUACAGUAUGGGCUUGAAUGUUAAUUUAAUGAGUGUUUAGUUACUAACGCUAUUAUUUAUCUAUGCGUAUUACAAUACAAUUCUUAUUUUAGUAAAAUUUUAUCUGUAUUUAGAAUUUUUUAAUCGUAUAUCUAUAACAAUCUUUGUUAAACAUUCCAAUAAAAUAAUAAUAAUUCUUCAUUUAUGUAAUUUGUAUUUAUUAAUUUAUUUUACAUUGAUACAGUUUAACAGUGCAUAAUCCUUUAUCACAGGUUUUAAUGAAUACUGAUCACAAAUGUUUUUGUGUUCCAUUAUAAUAAUAUUAUUUAUGUAUAACUGAAUGUCUAGUAAUAAUAUAGGAAAAUUAUCGUGAAAUUGAUCUUCUCAUAAAAUUUGUAUAUAUUAUUAACAUUUUUGUAUAUAUUGUGUUAUGUAAAACUUAAGUACAAUGAUUUGAGUCAGUUAGGUAUGAAAAUAAGAAUAAAACAUUAUGUUAAUUUAAUUUAUUUAUAAUCAUUACAAAUAAACAUAUUUUUUUUAACUAUUAAUUGUGAUAAAAAUACAUCGCUCUUGAAACUAAUUUUGUAAAAAUGUUUAUAUUAUAGUUUUAUUUAUUUUACAUAAUUUUAGUAUGAAAAUUAUCGAAAGCUUGGUUGUAUUUAAGCACAUAGCAUUAAGAGUAUCAUGUACAAUCUGUUCACGAAUCAAGUAGACGAAAUAAAACCAUCAAUUAUUAUACUUUAA